GCUUUGUUCAAUCACAUGCUUCAUGCCCAUCCCCGCUCUUCUAUCGUGGAAUUUAAUCAAUUAGUAGAUGCCAUGGUUAGAAUGAAGCAUUAUGAAACUGCUACUUCUCUAUUGAGACAAAUGGAAUUACUUGGAAUCAGAAGUAAUGUUUAUCCUUUCAACAUCUUGCUUAAUUGUUGUUGCCGCUUGCAUCGUUCGGCUUUGGGAUUUUCAAUUUUGGGAAAAAUGUUGAAGCUGGGCAUUCAACGAUACUACACCUUGGCCAAUGGGUAGUGUGGUGAAAGUAAAAUAACUGAGGCAGUGAUGUUGUUUGAUGAGAUUGUCGGUAGUGGUUACAAACCUAAUUUGAUUACAUAUUGUACGAUGAUAAAUGGUCUUUGUAAGGUGGGCUACACUAGCAGGGCCAUUAGAUUGCUGAGGAACAUGGAGCAACGUGGCUGUCUUGCUGACAAUGUGACAUACAACACAAUCAUCGACUGUCUUUGUAACGACAAGCUUGUGCCUGAGGCUUUAAAUUUUUCAGGUAAAGGUAUUCCACAAGAUGUUGUGACUUAUAAUUCUUUAAUUCAUGCUAUGUGUAAUUCAGGCCAGUGGAAGGAAGUUACGAGAUUAUUGACUGAAAUGGUGGUUGCUAAGAAUUGCAAACCAAGCAUUGUCUCCUAUAUUAUAUUGGUUGAUGCAUUUUGUAAAGAAGGAAGGGUUUCAGAGGCUCAUAACAGCGUUGAAAGAAGUGUUCAACAAGGUGACGACUCUGGUACUAUUACAUAUAAUGCAUUGAUGGAUGGAUAUUGUUUGCAAGGCAAAAUGGAUGAGACUAGAAAGGUUUUCAAUUUGAUGAUUGCUAAGGGUUGUGUACCUGAUGUUUAUGGUUACAACAUCUUAGUCAAUGCGUUGGAACUCUUUCAUGAAAUGCCUCAAAAUGGAUUAGUCCCUAACGCUGUUACUUACAAUGCUCUUAUAAAUGGUAUGUGUCAAGUAGGGAGACUUUCAACAGCACGAGAACUUUUUCGAGAGAUGGAGUGUUACUUAUGCAACCAUGGUCGUGUGGAUGAUGCAGUGGAACUUUUUUACGUUGUGCUAAACUGUGGGAUAGAAGCUAACAUAGUUCACUAUAAUAUAUUAAUUGACGGUUUAUGUCGAGUUGGGCAACUUAAUGUUGCAAGGAAAUUAUUUUGUGCACUCUCAGUUAAAAGGAAAAGUAAGCGAUCCUAUAAAGUGAAGCUAAUUGAUCACCACCCUUUACCGUUUCUUCUCAAUUUUCACAGUGAAGAAGAGAUGAGGCCUUGGAAAUGCACUUCUGCAAUUGCGUCUCCUUCUACUUGUAACUCCCAUUCUUCUUUUCUUCUUUGCAAUCCCCAUUUUUCUCUACCUUUUCAUCCCGUUUCAAGAAACCCAGGUAUGCGUUUUCACGAAAUUGAUGAUGCCUUGGGUUUGUUCAACCACAUGCUUCGCACCCGUCCCCGCCCUGCUAUUGUUGAAUUUACUCAAUUAGUAAGUGCCAUUGUUGGAAUGAAGCAUUAUGAAACUGCCAUUUCUCUGCUCAGACAAAUGGAAUCUUUUGGAAUCAGACGUGAUGUUUAUACUUUCAGCAUCUUGCUUAAUUGUUUCUGUCACUUGCAUCGGUCGGAUUUUGGGUUUUCGCUUUGGGGAAAAACGUUGAAGCUGGGUAUUCAACCUAAUACUACCACAUUUAGCACCCUGGCCAAUGGGUUGUGUGUGGAAGUUAAACUAGCUCAAGCAGUGCUCUUGUUUGAUGAGAUUGUCAGGAAUGGUUACAAACCUGAUUUGAUUACUUAUAAUACUACAAUAAAUGGUCUUUGUAAAGUUGGCUACAUUAGCGGGGCUAUUAGAUUACUGAGGAAAAUGGAACAAAGCGGCUAUCUACCUGACAUUGUGACAUACAGCUCUGUCGUUGACCGUCUUUGUAAGGACAAGCUUGUAACUGAGGCAUUAAACCUUUUCUCUGAAAUGACAGGUAAAGGCAUUCCACCAAAUGUUGUGAGUUAUAAUUCCUUAAUUAUGGAGAUGUGUAAUUUCAGCCAAUGGAAGGAAGUUACAAGAUUAUUGACAGAAAUGGUUGCUAACAAUUGCGAACCGGAUGUUGUCUUCUAUAGUAUGACGGUGGAUGCACUUUGUAAAGAGGGAAUGGUUUCAGAGGCUCAUGACAUUGUUGAAGGAAUGAUUCAACACGGUGUUGAUCCCAAUACUAUUACAUAUAGUACAUUGAUGGAUGGAUAUUGUCUGCAAGGCAGAAUGGAGGAGGCUAGAAAGGUUCUUAAUUUGAUGAUUACUAAGGGUUGCAUACCUAAUGUUUGUAGUUACAACAUCUUGGUCAAUGGAUUUUGUAAAUUGAAAAAGAUAGAUGAAGCCAUUGAACUCUCUCACGAAAUGUCUCAAAAUGGAUUAGUCCCUAACACUGUUACUUACAAUGCUCUUAUAAAUGGCAUGUGCCAAGUAGGUAGACUUUAGACACCACGAGAACUUUUCAAAGAAAUGAGUGCUCGUGGCCUGGUUCCAAACACGAUUGCUUAUUCUACUUUGUUACAUGGCUUAUGCAGGCAUGGUCAUGUUCAUGAGGCAUUGGAACUUUUUCAUAUUAUGCAGAACACUGGGAUAGAAGCUAAUAUAGUCCAGUACAGUAUCUUAAUUGAUGGCUUAUGUGCAAGGAAAUUAUUUUGUGCACUCCCACUCAAAGCAUUACACCCUGAUGUUUUCGCUUAUACCAUCAUGAUCAAAGGACUUCGUAAAGAAGGGCUACCAAAUAAAGCAUAUGAAUUGUUUAGGAAAAUGGAAGUGAAUGGCUGCUUGCAAGAUAGAUGCUCUUACAAUACAAUGGUCAAAGGAUUUUUUCAAAACAAUGAUGUGUCAAGGGCAAUGAAAAUUUUACAUGGGAUGGUUGAUAAAGGAUUUUCUGCAGAUUCAUCAACAGCAACAAUGCUACUGGAUCUAUCGUGUAGAAAUGGAGGAGAUCAAUCCAUUUUUGAGCAGCUUCAUGGAAACUAUGAAGAUGAUCAAAAUGUCAACAUGAAAUGACUUGUUAUCCAUCAAUCUUUGUUUAUUAAAUUCUAUUCUAGAAGUUUUUCUAUGCUGCAAUGGAUUCAUGUAGCCAUAAAUAAGUUUUGUCAUUUGUUUUGGUUCUGUUGCUAGGUCGUGGUGGUAAGAAAUCCUCAUUUGCAGAAAAUAUAAAAAUUGGCUCUUUUAUUCCUACUGCUAAUUGUUUCAUAGUCUCUAAACUAUUUCAGAUACCAGAAACAAUGGUAGAUUCAUAUGAGGUUAUUUCCAAUAUUGAUUGAUUUCAAAUUUUACAACCAAGUUUUAGUGUCAACUUUCAUGACCUGCCUAUGUGAUUGGCUUUGCAGUUAAUGCAUGCUGGUAGUUCUUAAGUGAAAACUCUAAUCUUCCUGAGUUUCCAGAAAGCUUUUCAUGUGAAUUAAACAAGCUUGUUCUAUAUUUGGGCUGGUUGUGCCUCGUAAGUGCAUUGAUAUUAUGCAUAACUUUUCUUCAUGAGUCUGUUUCAAUGUGACACAUAUUCUCUAGUAACUGCCUUCGCAAUGAAGUUUACCAAUUUUUGGGGUCGUAGUUUGCACUAUGACAAGGCAAAUGCUCCAGGAUUGCAUGCCCCUCAGAUUAUCUUGUACAAAUUAUAUUUUCUACCUAAGCUAUUGAGUGGGAAACAAUUAGUAAAUGUAGGUGAAAAUGAUUUCAUGAAGUUUAUUUAUUUAUUCACUUUUAAAUUGUUAUUUCAGCUUUUGUCCUUUCGUUGUAAUGUUAUAGCGGACAGUGAGAGCUUAGAUGCUUGUUGUUUGCUACUGAUUUGCACUUGAUGACUUGUCUUGAAUGCAGCUCAAGAUCUCAAUAUCACCAUAGCAAAGGCAUAGCAAGCUUGGUUUUGUGAAGGUUAGGUAACUUUUAUUUCGUUUCCCUGUAUCUCUGCUUUAUAGAAUGCAAAUAAUAGUUCAUUUUCUUUUUUCUUAGUUCAGUUAGAAUUGGUUUUUCUUCAAAUAAACCUAGUGGCAAUCAAGGUUACAGAAUGGAGUCCUGAUGUGAAUGACCUUUUGGUCCUCAACCCGGCCAAUUCAGUCAGUACCUAGGAGGCAGUCAUGGUGGAUCCAUCAUACAAGCAAUAGUUCUUUCUUCAGUUUUCUUCUCUUUUAUUUUAUCGUUAUGCCAUGAUUGGGUAUUCUAUGCAAAUUUGCAGAGACUAAAAUUUGUGUCAAUACAUCUUUUCUUUUCAUUUGUUCUAUAGAUAAUAUAUGUAGUGGAUGUUUACUUACAAGAAAUGUGUUUUUCAAGUUUUUUAAUUUAACAAGGACGAUGUCUAAAUCUCUGUUUUUUAGGUAAGAAAUAGAGAAAAAGUUUGCAAUUACUAGGUAGUUGAUAUUGAUUUUCUAAGGAAUAAGUGUAUUUUACUUUGUGUAAAAACAAAGCCAACUUCUUGAGGUAACCAAUGGGAAUGAGUUGUGCUGGUGAAAUAGGUUCAUACUUGUUUAUUUUUCGUUUUCAAGAUGAAACAGAUGGAACAUUGGGAUGGAUACUAUUUAUGCAAUUCAAGAUCUAAUGCCAGCAAGUGUGAGUAUAUUCUUUAUUUAGGGAGUAAAUUAAGUAAAAUAUAAGUUUGUGGUUGAUGUGUUAGUUUCUCAUUGACUUAUUUGGAUUGACUUGCUUUAGCUACUCUUGCAGAGAUCCUCGGUAUCUCCAAUGCGCAAUAGGUACUCUGCAUAGCAGUAGAAAACAAACUUCCCUAUCCCAGCAAGGAAGGUGUUUUCUUUUCGUUUCUUUUUUAUUAUUUUUCAAAGUUCAACUUCCCUGUAACUGACAACUGCCACUUUCUGUUCUGCACAAUCACAGCAAUCGAAAAUGUGCUUCUUGGUUGAGAGUAGAAGAAUUAUUAAUUGUGGGAGCUUGAAUAAUUGCAUUAAAUACCCGCUUGUUGUCUCUCUGCAAUCUCUCCUCACUUAAUCUAAUAUUUAUGCAAGCAAUGGGUCAACUCCUGAUGAGAAAAUGUUACAUAUUGAGUGCAGUUUUUUGUUGACACUGGGAAUUAUAUGAUAUGGAAUCUGUUUUUGUCUAUUUGCACUUGCUACAUGAUUGAUGGGGUAUCACAUUUUAAAUUGAGGGAUAUGCAGAAAUUCCUAAACUGAUGUGCAGAACCACCUGGCAGGGCAUUUGUGGCAUUACAG